AUGAUAAAAACUUCAAUUAAAUUAUUAAAUAGGAAUAGUAAUAAUUAUAGAAAUUACUUUUUAAAAAUUAAAAAUAAAAAUGUUUUAGUAAAAUCAAAUAAUAAUAAUAAUAAAAAUAAUAAUAAUAUAUUUAAAAGAAAUUAUAAUACACAAACAUCAUUAAAUACUGAUACUCAAAGACAACAACAACAACAAAAACAACAACAACAACAACAAAAUAAUAUAGAAUCUUCAAUUGAUCCAAUUUUAAAUGAUAAUUCUAAUGAAGAUGAUUUAGAGAUUAAAGAUCCUUUAAUUAUUUUCAAUACAGUUUGGAAUAAAUUGGAACAAAAGUAUGGUGCUAAUAAUAUGAGAUUUCCACAAGAGAUCAUAUUGGUAGCAGGUGCACCAGGUUCUGGUAAAGGUACCAAUACCCCUUUCAUGAGCAGUGUCAGAGGUAUCACUGCAGAUCCAAUUGUAAUGAGUUCUUUAUUAAAUAAUGAAGAAGCAAAGAAGAUUAAAUCAUCAGGUGGUAUGGUUAGCGAUAGUAAUGUAUUGGAAUUAUUUUUAGAGGAAUUAAGAAAACCAUGCUAUAGAUCGGGUGUUGUUGUGGAUGGGUUUCCAAGAACCAAUAUUCAAGUGGAACUUACUAAUGCACUCUAUCAAAAGAUGAAGCAAAUGAGAAAGGUAUACUACAACACACCAUUGGCACCCUUCUUCCCUCGACCAAUAUUUAGGGUAACGGUGCUAUUCGUUGGCGAGAAGGAAUCUGUAGAUAGGCAAUUAAGAAGGGGUGACAUAACUCGUGAUACUAAUGUGAAGCUAAAAGAGCAAGGUUUGCCUCUCUUGGAAGAACGUGACACGGAUCUUUCUGAAGAGGCGGCAAGAAAGAGAUACAAGAUUUUCAGAGAUCACUAUUCAACCUUACAAACUUUGAAAAAACAUUUCCCAUUCUCAAUUAUCGAUGCCUCAAAGUCUUUGGAUAAAGUUCAACAAAGUAUAAUCAAGGAGUUUAAAUAUCAAUCCUCUUUGGAACUCUCUCAAGAAACCUUUGAUUUAGUUCAACGUAUACCAUUGGUCACUGAUAUCAUUCAACAUGCACGUGUUGAUUUAAUCACUCGUUUAGAUGAAUAUCAAAAUAGACAUAACAUCCUUUUCACUUCAGUGGUUCAUGUAAUUGAAAAAGAAUUUUUACCAACAAUUCGUCGUCAAGCUAUCGCUGGUAGUACGAUGCUUAGAAUAACAAAUAGUAUUUUCUCAUCAUCAUUGGCAGUCGAUAUGGCUUUGGAUCUCUUAUCAGAGAGAGGUUUCAGAGUUACCUUUGAUAUUAAAACAACUUAUAUACCACGACGUAUUGAUCCAAUAACUCAUGAAAUUACAAAUUUAACAAAACAAGAAUACCAAUUUAAAUUAGAUUUUGAAAAACCUGCAAUUCGUGAUUUAAGUCAAGCUGUUAAAAUUAAUUUAAAUUAA